UUUUGCCUUUGAGCCGGGCUGAUAGCUUAAAAACUAAAUUAAAUGUUUUGGUAAAAUCUUCAAUUUUAAUUCGGUUGUAUGCAGACGAUCUUUGCCGUUAAGGUACGAUGAAAAAAAAAAAAAAAAAAAUCAUUCAAACAAAAGGAAAAAUUCUUGAGAUAGACCGUUGACAACAUUGGCUCAAAGUUUCUCUUUUUCCAGUUUCUCCCCUACAAACUACAUCUCAUUUUCAGCGUCCCUAUACCUCCCUAUCGCUUUAGGCUAAUUUCAGAAAGAAAAACUGACAGAUUCGUAAUAACUUUCUUGAUUGCAUUUGGUGCGUUCGCGCCGGGAGUCCGCGGGCGAGCUGGACCAAUGUAAUGGGAAUUUUUGACAACCUGUCACUCACUGCGUAUGGACGUUUACCUACUCUCCACUGCUCAGCUUAGAAAAUGGCGGAGAUGUUAUUCAUUUAGUUUUACUCUGCAUUUGUUGUCGCUGAGAAACACGUCAACCAAACGUUAUGUGAAUUGGUGACUGUGCAUCGCAUUCUGUAGGAUCUGCCAAAAAUUUUGAUCUUCGCGGGGAGAUCGCAGGUUUUUGGAUUAGUGGGACAACUGAAAACAUUUCAGAGCGGCCGAUCAUUCGUCUUCUGCGGGAGACGUUAUGUUGCCGAUGCAGUUCUGCUUGAGAAUUUUUAAUCUAUUUUACAAGAGAAGAACAAUCAGUGGUCCAUUGUUAAUCGUCGUAUUCUUGGCAUUCGGCUGCUUCCUCUUUAUUCAUUUUCAGAAGCCGUUGGAAAAGACUUCGUCGGGAAUCGACCGUGGAUCAGCCAUAUCCAAAGUAUCACCAACAACCCAACGGGGCAUUAGCCAAAGAUCCCUGAAGCGACGUGACAUGAAGCGAAUCUUAUUCUGGAAUCUCUAUUUCGAAUCGAGAAAUUAUGAAAUCGGAUUGGGACAAAAGUUUUUCAUUGAGGCUGGAUGUCGGUUCACCAACUGCUUGACGACGGACGAUCGCAAUUUCAUGAACGCCAGCGAUGCCAUCCUGUUCCACGCCAACGAUUUCGACGAAAUCGAUCUGCCCGACAUCCGGCGACCGAAUCAGCGAUACAUCUUCUACAAUUACGAAACUUGUGUACAAGACAAAGACCUGCCCAUUUUCAUUUGGACGAAAAACUUUUUCAACUGGACCAUGACGUAUCGCCGUGACUCUGACAUUUACGAUGCCCAUCCGUACGGAGCCAUUAGAAGGCGAAGCGGUGCUCCUAGUCCACCGCUGGUCCUGCCCCCCUUGCAUCCGGAGGCAGCCGAUCUAUUGCAGCACCCGUGGAACAAAUCGUCUAGUAGGCCGUUACUGGACAAAAAGAAGAAUAUGGUUGCCUGGUUUGUUUCCAACUGCCAAACAGACGGCCUCAGAGAAGAAUAUUUUGCCCGUCUUGGCCAAUACGUCAAGGUGGACGUAUACGGCGGUUGUGGAACGCUCAGUUGCUUGCCAUCGGGAAGUCCCAAAUGCGAUCAACUGCUGGACAGCUACAAGUUUUACGUGGCUGCUGAGAACGCAAUUUGCACAGAUUACGUCACUGAGAAAUUCUACAGGGCCAUGGCGUCCUACAUAAUACCCAUCGUCUAUGGAGGAGCUAAUUAUUCUCAUUAUGCACCACCUUUGUCAUACAUUGACGCGAGCGAUUUCAAGUCACCCAAAGCGUUGGCUGAUUAUUUGAAGUUGCUGAACGAGAAUGACGACCUCUACUUGAAAUAUUUUGACUGGAAAAAAGAUUACGAGGUGGUGAGACAACCGACGAACGGCUGGUGCCAGCUUUGCGAGAUGCUCAACGAUCUUCAUCAACAGCCAAACGUUUACAUAGAUGUGGCGGACUGGUGGUUCCAAAACAAUACAUCUUGUAUUUCAGGACACGAUUUCCUCAACAAUUCACUUGGCGUUGAAUUGCAAAAAGGAAAACUAACCAAAACAUGAAAUCAAUAAGACAGUGUAUUGUGAAAGCAUCACGAAUUGAGCAGAAAUACACAGCCUUCAAUCACUUUAA